AUGACUUACAAAUUAGAACGUGUUUAUUUAAUGAAUGUAUCACUUUAUUUUACAACUUAUUUUGAUGUUUUAUCUUUUAUUCAAAUCAAUAAAAAAUGUUUUUCAACUAUCAAUGACCUUAAAGUUAAUCCAUGGUUAACGACUCCAUUUAGUAUUAUUAAAUUUGUUUAUCAUUUCAAUCCAGAAACAGUUAAUUGUUGUUCUUUUCAAUUAAAUAAACCUAGAAUCUUCGAUACUUGCACAUUCAUACGAAAUCCGAAUUUUCUUUUAAUUUCGGAAAACCAACAAAAAAAGUUAAUACCAUUAUUUAAUAAAAUUACUACGUUAACAUUUUAUAAAACAAAAGAAGAACAAUCAAUGUGUUAUAUUAAAAAUGCUUCAAAGUUUACUUCUCUUAAGAGUAUAUUUGGAGAUAUUGAAUUAAUUGUACAAUUUAUUGAAAAUUCAUUUAAAGAUCAAUCAACUAAUUUACGUUGUUUAAAUAAAAUUCAAAUAGAGCCACAAUCGAACCAAUAUAUUUUUCCUUAUAAAACUCUUCCAUUACUUAGAAAGUUAAGGAAUAUUAUUGGUAUCAAUAAUAGAAUAAAAGUCAUAUUAAUCUCUUUUUAUAGUGCUUUUAAUCGUCAAGAAGUUAAAGAGUUUGAAAAGAUUAAUGUUCAAUUGUUUUAUAAAAUGCUCACCCAACACCAACUAGAUCAAAUCCAAUUAAAUUACACUGCCCCUAGAAAAGUUCUAGCAAUAGAAGGAACUUAUAAUUGUGACAAAUUUAAUAAAAUUAUUGAUAAAAGACAACCUACUGUAUGUGUUGUAUUAAUGGAAAAUAAUCCUCUCCUUAAAGAAGAAAUAGAGCGUAGUAGAGGUUCAUUAUUAAUACCAGAAGACACUACAACUUCUUGUUGGACAAUUCCUAAAUGUAUUAAAGAAUUACAAUUAUUAAAAGUUAAUCCUGUUGUUGUCCAAAAUACAAUGAACAUUGUUCCACUAUAUCCAGCAGAUUGUUUUUAUUUAAAAGUAAUAAAAUUAGAACAAUGUAGAAAUAUUUUUCUUCAACAAAAAUUACCAAAUCUCAAAACGUUAAUAAUUAGUGAAUGUGAUAAUGUUACAGUCCAAACCAUUGAUGAGACAUAUCAUUUUGGUUUAACUAAUAUAAAAAAGUUAAUGAUAUUAAGAAGUAAUGAUAUUCAUGUCCAAUGUAAUUCAAAUAAGUUUAAAGAACUUAUUGUAGAGGGAGGUGAGAGGAUAUAUAUUUAUGGGACUAUAGAUUCUGUUAGAGAUUUUACUUUCUUAAGGGUUAUUAAAAUAGUUCUUCCAUCUUGUAGUUUUUAUAAUAAAUAUGUAAAUAUUCAAUAUUGUUCUUCAAUAAAAUUUGUAAGUGGAAUGAAUAUAAGAAGUCCUAUAGAAUUUCUUGGGAUUAACGUAGUUUUAUUUAAUAAAUUAAUUCAAAAAAUAUUAAUAUUACCUUUAUCUCUUCCAAAAGAACUAUUCAAUGAAGACACAUUCUCAAAUUUCUUUUAUAUGGCUCCAUUUUUUUUAAAUAGUGAACGAAUAAAAAAACAUGGAAAUACAUUAUCUAUGAAAAAAAGAACUUUUAGUGAGAUCGACUGUAUUGAUGUCUUAAUUUCAACUCAAUUUUUGUUAGCAGGAAAAUCAGAUAAAUUAGUCACUAUAUUAAAUGAAAAUGAGUUUUCUAUUUUUGAUGCUUCUAUUAGAUACUUUGAAGUGACUAUAACAGGAAGUGCAGUGAUAUCAGUUGGACUUAUAGAUGUAAUUAGAAUACAUAAUGAAGAAUAUACUUCAUCAAAUAGAUUAGUUGGACUAGAUGUUGGUAGUAUUGGGUAUUAUUCUGAAAAUGGGUUUUUGUUUAAUGAGUCUAAAAUAACGAAAUACAGUGAACCAUAUGCUAUAUGUUCAUCAAGUAAUGAUACUAUUGGUUGUGGAUAUAAUACUAAAACAAAAGAAGUAUUCUUUACAAAAAAUAGAAUUAAACUACCAUCUAUUCCAUUUAAAUGUCACUCUUUAUCAGCUGUUAUUUCUAUAGAUUUUAUGAAUAAAAUGACAAUUAAUUAUGGAAAUACUCCAUUUAAAUUUAAUAUAAAGAAGGAAUUAGAAAAUAAUGGAUUAAUCAAUCAAUUUAAAACUAAUUGUCAAAUUGUAUAA